UGGUACCGUUAUCUGUAACCUUUAACCACCAGGUAUGCUCUAUUGUACAGGAAACGUGGCCUACACUGCCGUAUUGCAUUGACGGGCGUGGAUCGGGCGUGGAUAUAUCACACUUUGGGCAUAUGAAUGUCUGUUAAUAAGAUAGGUUCAUACAUAGUAUCUAGGAAUGGCAAGAAAAAGAAUUCCUAAGAGGCAAACUGGCAUUCAACCGCGAGUACCCGUACAUAGCACUGAUACCGGAAGUGACUCAAUUCCAGCGCCAGUGACGUCAUCAAUUAGAAUCAUAUUACUUAUUCUGAUUGGUCUCGGCAUAUGUGCUUUCUUAUUUUACCCCGAUAUAACGCGGUUGGUCAGCAGUCUCCAGGGAGAUGCGAAUCCGACUACAAAGGAGCAAAGAGGACAACCGGUUGAUCAGCACAGACGUGAUCAACAGUUCGACUCAGAUGAGAAGGAAUACUUCGCGGGCAGACGGCAUGAUGAUCUAAUGAUGACGGAGGAAGAGGAUGGCGAGAUAGAAGUGGAAGAUUUUGACGAGGAACCAGUGGAAAAUGAUCAAAUUGGAGAUCUAAAGGAAGAACCCAUCAAAAACAAUCCUGAGGUUGAACGAGAACAAGAAAGACGACUGAAAGAUGAGGUGAAGAGAAAAGAACGGGAGAAAAUGUCUGACAGAGAUUCAUCAAGAAAAACAGCACAAGAGGAUGAAAAGAAGUUUAUCAAAUUUACGAAAGACGAAGCUGGUGUUAAAACUCUUGACAUUAAAAUGGAGGACUUGACUAAAGAGCCUGUCAAGAAAAAGUCGAAAGAAGCUAAGCCAAAGACAAGGCAGAAAGAGCAGGAGGAGAAGACGCCCUCUCAAGAUAACCAGGAUUUGCCAAAGGAGGUUCGUGAUUUCAAGGCAAGGAUUUUGAGCACCGUCACAGCUAAGAAGAUAUUUGCCGAUGGGCGACGAAUCCCGCCCGUGGAAUUGUUGCCACAGAAGCCAACCAACAGUAGCGUCAGGGUGUUCCUGUUCGAGGAGUUCCUGUCGAAGGAUGAGUGUGACGGGCUAAUGAAAGCGCACGACAAGCACGUGCAGGAUGCCGCCAAACAGGACCCCAUCUUGUGUUUCGACAGCAUUGGCACACUGAAGAAACACCUGAAAGAAGCCAAAAAGAAAAUACGUGUCACACCUAACGUAUUUACACACGGAACAAAAUGCGUGAAUGCCACAUUUUCCCGCCAAAUUGCCGACUUCAUUCACCGGAAUUGGAGCUAUAGCACGGCCUUCUACCCAGGAGAAAGCAAGUUCUCUACCAUCUUUGCUAACAGGGUCAAGGCCGCGAUGGGUCUUGAUCAGGAAAAUGGCGGGAAGUUUCAGCUGACGUCAUAUCCAAAAGGAAAGGCGUACAAGUCCCACACAGACUGCGUGGAAGGGGGAGAGGACAAGAGGGACAGGGUCGCCACUGUGCUGGUGUAUCUCCAGGACGUCGAGGAAGGCGGCGAAACACGCUUCCCGGAGCUGGGUAUAUGGGUAAAGCCACGGAAAGGUCGGGCAUUGGUAUGGAACAAUAUGAGCCCUGAUGGCGACUGUGAGCGCCACUCUAUCCACACGGCGUCCAGAGUCGACAAGGGCAACAAGUACAUCCUUAUACGAUGGUACUACUACAAGAGCUUUUAUUCUCUGGGCAAGCGUCCCCCAGAACCACCGCUACCCCAGAGAGAGGCGGGGCAGCCACGGGUGUCCUGUGACGAGUUUGAAUACGGCAGCUGUCGGUGGUACGAUGAGUGGAGCUACGAACACAUGCUGGAGUAUGAACGCCAGAAGAUGACUCUCAUAUGAACCUUCAUCCCCUCACCAGCUGGCAUCAGCUGUUCAGCGUGUCACUGCUGAGUUCUACCGUUCAUUGCUCAUCAUCUCCUUUGUAGUAAUAUGUUACUGAUGACGCACGAUCUACGAAUCAGGGACGCGUUAACCAAAGCAAAUAUUUCAUCGAACAAGUCAUAUUUGAUAUAUACAAGUUUGUGUAUUGAUCUUAAGAAUAAAUGUAUGGUUACUAGA